UCGACGCGUCAGUCCACUCCCUUCUCAGUUCGCGCCCGGACGUCGUAGGUGGAGAAGGUUAAGGCUUCUCUGUCUAGAGCAGUUGCGAAAAUUCUCCUCUUCGUCCUUAGGUGUGGAAGGAAGGCGUUCGUUGGGCCUUUCUCUCUGUCCUAAGCGAAGUGCCGGUGGUUUUUGGAACCGAGUUUUCGAGAAGGAUCCUGAAAGGCAAGGAAGCUUCCAAACGCAGGCCGAGAUGUCCAGCUACGUGAACGGUAUGUGGCCGGGCUCGCUGCCUGAGGAGUCUCCGUCAGCCUCGGGCCGUUCCAGCCGACUGUCCUCGGCGACCGGGAGCCGCUCGCCCAGAAGCUCGCGGUCGCGCUCCAGUGUCUCCAGUCGGUGGUCGUCCAGGAGCCGGAGCCGGCCCCGACGCAGGAGCAGGUCCAGGUCUCGAUCCCGAAGACGCCACCAGAGGAAGUACAGGCGCUACUCUCGGUCUUACUCUCGGAGCCGGUCGCGAUCCCUCAGCCGCCGCCGGUACCGGGAGAGGCACUACGGUUCCUCCAGGAGGUACUACCGGUCUCCGUCCCCCUCGCCAGACCGAUCUCGUAGCCGGUCCCGCUCUCGGGGACGGUCAUAUUACCGAAGGGCCUACGCGGUCACACGGGGGCGACGCUACUAUGGCUUUGGUCGCUCGGUGUACCCGGAGGAGCACAGGAGUUGGCGGGGGAGAUCCAGGACGAGGUCGCGUAGCCCAACGCCCUUUCGCUUAAGUGAGAAAGAUCGUAUGGAGCUGUUAGAAAUAGCGAAAGCCAAUGCAGCAAAAGCGUUAGGAACAACGAACUUUGAAUUGCCCCCUAGUCUCAGAGUUGUUCCUGUAUCUAAGGAAACAAACCAUGAGACAGCUGUACCAAAUAAAGGUGCAAAGUUUGGGCUGUCGGAAAAGCUAACAGAAGACGGAACUAAAAAUGCCAGUGAAAAGUCUUCGCAGCAAAAAAGCAGUAGCUCUAAUAAUUUUGUAGCAAAGCCAAUGCUUCAGAAAUCAGCUAAAGCUACUGCUGAAGAGACCUCUUCAGGAUCCCCAAAAACACAGCAGAAAAAAAGUCCAUAUGAAUUAUGGAAACCUGUUUGAAAAAAGAAGACUGAUGGGCUCAGGUGGCCUGAAAUGCACUUUAUUGCAAGUUUGUUUUGUAUAGCAUUAUAUCAUUCCUGUGAGCAAUUUAGUGGUAAUUGUUAACAUUUUAGGUUUCUCUUGCAGAUAAGAGAGCACAAAUGGACCAGAGGGUUACAUACAGGUGGGAGUCUUGUAUAUAUACUUGUAAAUGUUUUGUGUAAUAUCGAUUGGUUAAA